AUGACGCCAAGUGGCCCACUUGUGUACACUGCCGUCGGGGACUGCAGGGAGCGCAGCUACGGUCAGCGGACACCGAUGAGUUUUCUCGGAAACACGUAUUAUGAGCGGCGCUUCGGGAAGGCAACUUCCUCCCACGGUGCACCACCCGGCGGUUCGUUGUCGCCGCCGCCGCUCCGCGCCGGGGACGUUCUUGUGAGGAUGGGCUCUGCUGCGCCGGCGGCGUUGCGUGGUCGCCGCAUUGUUGAUGUGACGGGUAUACACACGAGUUUCCUGGACGCCUCGGAAAGGGACGCAAGUGCCCGUUGCUGCAUAGACGAUGUUGUGCAUUCGAUGCACAUGCACGACGGUCACGAAGUGCCGGAGUUGAACCGUGGCAGCGUCGACAUUGGCAGGCUUGCGGUGCUGUGCGCAUUCCCGGUGGGCGGAGCGGCUUUGCUGCUUCCUCUUGAGAACGUCUCGCGAACGUUACUAAAACGGCGGUCCUUGGGGUACCGCAGCGAGGAGGAGGGCGUGCAGCUGGUGCGCGUCAUCGCGGAGGGCUGCUGCGCCGGUGCGUCGCGCGGGCUGCGCCUGCGUCCCGUCAUGCGCAACGAUUGCAUUGCAGGCGUCCGUCUGGAGUGA